CCCAGGAUGUGGUGCCUCCUCGUGCUGCUCUGCUCCCAAGGAAUUGCCUUUUCAUCAGGAUUCACAGCAGCCCCCACUGCAGGUGCUGACACAAACCGCUGCAAGAAGAGUCGCAACCCCGAAUGCUUCAUGAAUGUUAGUGAAAUUAUCAGAUAUCAUGGAUUCCCCAGCGAGGAAUAUGAAGUUACAACAGAGGAUGGAUACAUUCUUGGUGUUUUCAGAAUUCCUGCUGGAAGGAACAGCCAAAAUACAGGGAAGAAGCCUGCAGUCUUGCUACAUCAUGGUAUUUUAUCAGAUUCUAUCCACUGGAUUGCCAACCUGCCCAACAACAGCUUGGGCUUCAUCCUUGCGGAUGCUGGCUAUGAUGUCUGGUUGGGAAACAGCCGAGGAGACACCUGGUCUUUAAAACACAGGACCCUUAAGCCUUGCCAGAAAGAGUUCUGGCAGUUCAGCUUUGAUGAAAUAGGUAAAUAUGAUAUUCCUGCAGAGCUGAACUUCAUCAUGAAUAAAACUGGACAGAAGGAGGUUUACUAUAUUGGUCACUCUGAAGGGUCAGCAGCAGGCUUCAUAGCAUUUUCUACUUACCCUGAUUUGUCUCAGAAGAUUAAAGCAUUCUUUGCUUUGGCACCAGUGGCCACCAUCACACAUGCCACCAGUCCCCUGGUCAGUCUUACAAAUAUUCCCAAGCCACUGAUUAGGUUACUACUUGGCUGCAAAGGAGCUCUUCACUACAAUGAGUUGUUGAAAGGACCUGUAACACAGUUCUGUGCAUGUCAGGGAAAAGUUUGUGGCAGUUUCUUCUGCUACCUAGUCGGGGGCAUGAUACAAAAUAUGAACACGAGCCGAACAGAUUCAUACUCAGGACAUUACCCAGCUGGAACAUCAGUACAGAAUGUCAUUCAUUGGCAUCAGAUCAUACGUGCAGACCAGUUUCAAGCUUAUGACUACGGCUGUAAGGAAAACAUGAAGAAAUACAACCAGACUGCUCCUCCUGUGUACAAGAUUGAGGAGAUAAAGACACCAACUGCUGUUUGGAGUGGUGGACAGGACAAAUUUGCAGAUCCAAAAGACAUGGCAAGGCUACUUCCUCGCAUUACUAAUCUCAUUUACCAUGAGCAUUUUCCUGCUUGGGGACAUCUCGAUUUCCUCUGGGGCCUUGAUGCACCUCAGAAAAUGUAUCUGAAAAUCAUUCAACUACUAAAAAAGUAUGCUUAAAGUACCACAGAAGGAUUUAACUCAUGCAACAGAAACCCCAGAAAUUUAUAUUUAGCAGCUGAUUAUUGGGAUAGGGAUAGGCAUAGAGGUUUACAAACUACUGAGAAUUGGUUUGGAAUUUUUUACAUUGCUUCCUAUGGUGUUACACUAUUUUGGUGACUGCAGUCUUUCUGAAGACACUAAGGUAGAUGUGAAUGACCACUGAAAGUACAAAUAUAUUAGAUAGAAUACUUCAGGGAUCCCUUACUUUGGAAGAUUUUGGUUUUUAUGUGACUGAUUUUGCUGAGAUUUCAUUUUCUGUUUCCUUGUUUAUCUGUACUACAUAUUUCACUUGAGAAAUAUCCCAUGAAAACCCAAAAUGGGAGAUAAUUUCUCUGUUAACUGAACUUGGCUGAAGUUGAAUUGUCUGUCAUCCUGAUAGUGUUACACCUGUUUUCCUCUCCUCACACUAUCAACAGCCGCGAGGAAGACCCAAAAGAUUUUCACUUGUGAAACUAUCCUAGCAUCUAAGCAGACAGGAUUGGCUAUACUGGCCCAAAUGCCAAGAAAUCCAACACAAAAACAUUUAUGUCAGAGAGAAAACAUGUGACUGUUGGACAGAUGCAGAUACUCUCUUACCCUCACACUAACUGAUGGCUUGUUACCCCUCUUACUACAAAGACUAUAAUUGUCUUCAUGCUCAUAACCUGGCAGCUGGGGAUUGAGAAGAUCAGGCAUAGCAACAAACUGCACAUAAAAGACAACUGCAUCCAUCUCAAUAAAUAUUCCUGCCACAAUCAGUAAAGAAGUUGUAGUUCUUCUGGGUCCUCAGUCGAUCAUGCCAGUGCUUGGCUAUAAGACUGUUCCAGGGGGUAAAGAUCACACCAAAGGGUUCAUCAUUACAGGGCAAGUCGGGAGAGUCAGGCACUGUGGGUGUUCUGGGUGGGGGCAUAAACCCAGAUUCCUCAGUCAAGACUUGUGGAAAGUGAAACCCAUUUGAUAAUAAUCUGGGAGAUAGAGAGUAAUAUAAACAAAACAUGUUUGUCUCUUGUAAUAUAGAAAACACAUGCAAAGGAUA